AUGGCUCCGGCUCCAAUUUCCCCAUCCAUUACCGACUUCGUCGUCCAAACGAAGCAGGAUAAUCAUGGACUAGAGAUUCCUCCUGCAACAAUCGAACGUCUUACCAAGGCCGGUAUUGAUCUAUCGCAUGGAUAUCCAUAUAACCCCGCUAAACCUCUCUAUCUCGACGACGUGUAUAAGAUCCGCAGCGAGCCGCGAGAAUAUGUGGAUGCCGGCAGUCGAGCCGACCCAGAAAAGAAAGCAUUGCUGAGCGCUGCUAAAGAGGUUAUACAUCUGACACGCCAUAUUGGAACUGAAAUUGUAGGAUUGCAGCUCAAGGAUUUAACGAAUCAGCAACGAGACGAGUUAGCUUUGCUUAUUGCUGAGCGCAGUGUUGUCUUUUUCAGAGACCAGGAUCUCUCGCCGCAGCAGCAAAAAGCGUUGGGUGAACACUUUGGUGAAAUUGAAGUUCACCCACAAGUUGGACAAGUACCCGGUGUCCCUGGCGUGACAGUGCUCUGGCCCGCCCUUCAAGCCGUCGAGCGCGAACCGAACUUCCGCAAAACCGGAGGCGCAUCAACAUGGCACAGCGAUCUCGUCCACGAGAGCCAGCCAGCCGGCAUCACGCACCUUCACAACGACACCAUCCCCAGCGUUGGUGGCGACACGCUUUGGGCAAGCGGCUAUUCCGCAUACGAGAAACUAUCUCCUUCGUUCCGAAAGUUCAUCGACGGCAAGACAGCCAUUUAUCGCUCUGCUCAUAGCUAUUUAGAUCGUGAAAAUCCCCAGGCGGGACCGCAGUUCGUUGAGCGGGAGCAUCCAUUGGUACGCACGCACCCUGCUACGGGCUGGAAGGCUCUGUGGGUGAACCGUUCCAUGACGGUGAGAAUCGUGGGGCUUGACAAAGCAGAAAGCGACCUGAUCCUGGGUUAUUUGUAUGAUGUGUAUGAGCGCAGCCCUGACAUCCAAGUCCGGUUCAAAUGGAGUCCAAAAUCAAGCGCCUUGUGGGAUAAUCGUAUCACAAUCCACAACGCAAGCUGGGAUUACGAAGGCCUCGAACCGAGGCAUGGCACCAGAGUGACGGCCUUGGCAGAGAAGCCCUAUUUCGACCCCAAGUCACGGACAAGACGACAGGCUUUGGGAUUACUGGGGCAUUCAGAGAUUAAAGAGCUUGAAGAGCAUGCCAAUUAG